CUAGCAAGGAAUGGUACAGUCCAAUAGUAUCGAAGGCAACGCUGAAAACGGCUUGUUUUUACCGAGCGGAAAGAAUCGCCGUCGUUACUAUCUACAACUGUGAAACGGUUAUUUUUAAACAAUUCCUUCACGUCUGGUCGGUUUUCUUGCUCGCCAUGGCUCUGUGCGGCGGUGUCGGAGCCAUGGCUUUGCCCAGUGAGCUUAUUGUCCACAUAUUCUCCUUUCUUUCCGACCGAGACAAACUCCGGGCCUCGGCCGUAUGUUCACGGUGGAGGGAGUGUCUCUUUUACCCAGCGUUGUGGACCGAGCUCAAACUGCGGAUAGGCGGUGGAAGUAAUAGUGGCGGUGCCAGCUCGGAGGAGAACCUUAGACUUGAGUUUCUCAUACGGAAGUUCGGUUCUUUCGUGCGGGAUCUACAGCUGGAGCUCGCACCCAUAGAGGGAUACGUCGGUCCUCCGAAUAACGAUGCGUCAGCCACCCGAAUGGACCAGCUUCCUGGUCCGGAUGGUAACCAGCAGCUCCCGGAGCGAUGGAGGGAUGCUGUGACCACCUACCUGGACCAAGUGCUGUGUGUUUUCACUGGCAUUCGCAACAACAGAAACCUGCAAAAGCUGAGUCUGUAUGGAGACACCUGUAUUCUCCAGCAGGAGGGACUGUUGGACAGCUCAAACCUGCACCAAAUUCAACAGGGAGACAAGAAAAUCAACGAAAUCCAACAGUUAUUCACUGAGUUGCUGUCUAACAGCAGACAGCUGAGGUGGUUGUCCUGUAGUUUUAUGCUUGGUCUGGUGACUCCCUGCUCUUUAGCCUACCUGUCAAAUCAUUCAGCUCAGACCUUGCAGCACCUCAGUUUACUGGACCACCAGUUGGGCCCACUCAUUUCACCUUCAGAAAUAGAUCGACUCGCCAGUGUUAAUUCGUUGGCAUUGGACUUUUCUGAUUUGACAUCUGAACUCUGUGGUCUGCUGGCAUCUCCACGUCGCACUCCACUGCACCGCCUGUCUUUGCUGCUAAAUGGUGCCUCUCUGGAAUACAAACCUUUGGAAGGGACAGCCACAGAGGACGACUGGAAGGCACUGGUCCGUGUGAGCACCAACCUGCGAGUGUACAUCAUGGCCCUAGAAGUUGACAACUCGGAGCUCCUGAGGAUCCUCAAACCUAGCCUUCCACUGGAACGCCUUCACCUCGACAGUUACAGCACUGUGGUGAAUGAUGCCACACUGGAGCUCAUCUCUCAGCAGUACAACAAAACCUUGAGUCAUUUCGUGCUCCUGAGGGAUGACCCCGACUUUCCUGAUCUUAGUGUCAGUCGCAAUGAAGACCCAUUGGUCCUUUUAGCAUGGAGGUGUACUCAGCUGGCAGUACUGAUAAUACAUGGUUACACAGUGUGGUCUCACAACUUGGUGGCCAUCUCCCGUCUGCGUGGCUCCAGCCUCCGAGUCCUGACGGUCUCAGAGGAGAGCAUCGACUUUGACCCCGACCAGUCGGUGUGCAUGGAAGGAGAUCCAGUCCACAACCUGGUUAAGGAGGUGUCACUGGGCCUUGGACGUAUCUGGCACCCCUGCUUGGAUUCUAGCCUGAUAUUAUCCGAACCCUCACAGCAUUUCCACCACGAGCUGCACACCUUCAGCACCGGCUUGUAGGCCAGCAUAGCAAAUCCAGCCCUGUACACCUAUGUUGGUGUCAAGACCAGACCAGACCCAGCUGAUCAACAUUUGCCCCAAACAAAAGAACCACAUCUUAGUGAGAACUUUAAAUGGCUAUUUUUUCAGUUGAAGCCCUUUUACAUUUAGCGGUUUUUAAUUUAUUUUUCAUCUUGUCCUGUGUUAGACUAGAGAUAUACAGAACAUCAGUUCUGCCCUCUGCUUAAACCUUUUUUUUUUAAACACAGCCCAGUCUGGUCCGGCCUUGCCCUCCAUUAUUUAGUGCUCGAUGUCCCUCCUUUACCUUACUAACCUUUAUGGCUUCCUCCUAAUGUACAUUUGAUUUGUUUUUGUUGUAUUCCUUUUCUUUUCAUUUUUAUUUAUCCUUUUGUCCCAUCCCUCAGUGUGGCGUAUUAUCUUGUUUUUCUUUUAUGGUCAUUACCUUACUGUAUAGGCUUCUUGGGUAUUUAAAUCUCAAUUAUAAGAUUACCCUGACCUUCAACAAGGCCACAGGUGAGAUGAGUGAUAGAGAGAUGAGACCUGUGGGCAGUUUCUAUUCAGGCACAAGUUACAGCUUUAGUUUUUUUUUUAACCCAUUUGUCAGACUCUACCUGAACACUCUGGAGUUUGGAAUGUUCAAUCACUCAGUGGGUUUUGUUGCUACAAGAAAAAAGCUCUUUGUGCACUUGUCCACUCAUAUGAGAACCUUGCCAGCACAGGGGAGAAUCCCCUCUGCAAAACUGCUGACUGUGGCUGGUGCUUAUAAGUCUGAUUGGUACCUUCUACAGGGAACAUUCUUGUUGGGUGAUUAUAUGUUGUGUAAAGGCGUUUUUGCACCUUGAUGAUGUUGCGGUGGAGAAGAUUGUUACAUUCUUGCCUCCGGUACACUUAUCAACCUGCUCACCUCAUUUUAAAAAACCUUGCCAGCCAUCUGAAAGGGAGCCUUGUCCUUGGACUGAUGGGUUUUUUAGAGCCAAGCUAUGAAUAUUUAACCUAACAUCUCAAGACUGUGCUGUCUUCUAGUGAAGGACUACAUCAUUUAGAACCUGCCUUCAACAAAGUCAUAGCUGCUUUGUUUUCCUGAGCCUCUUUGUAUGAAGGUGUUAAAUCCCAAGGUCAAAGAUUAGGGUCAUGUGACAAAGUACAGAGUUCUGAGUAUAACGCAAUCUCAAAGUAGUUCUUUCUUCUUUUGCAAUUGAAGAAAUACAAUAGCAUUCCGUGAUGGCCUGUACGUACAGUAUGUCUCUACUGCGAGAUGCCUCCAUGACUACUUGUAAAGGCCAUGCUGAUACAACACCAGUAUCCUGUGCGCACUGCUCCCUUAGGUGGCAAAUUCCAGCAGGACUGUGGUUAUGAGAUGAGAGAGAGAGAGAGAAACACUGAAUGUAACUUAACUCUUAUUCUUUUUGGCCAGUUGUUUUCAAGAGGCUCGCUGUAUAAUUAUAUGCCACAGAAAGGCAUAGAAACUUAUGAUUGAUUUGCAUCACUCUAAUCUUUUGUAAGUGAGAUAACAACUGCAGCACAACACGAUUCCAUGUUGUUGAUGGCAAAGUGUUUCCACUGUCAGUCUCAGGUAGGCUACCUAAUGUCACUGUCACAGCACAUAGUGAUAUUAACGUGGGGUGAAUGUGUCUAACAAUCAGACUGUGUGAAUAAUUGUUCUUUUUUUUCUUCUUCUUAAGUCACAGUUGCCUUGUAAACAACCCCUUGUUUCUUGGACACGGCAAAUGUUAAAGAUGACGUUUACGUUGCCUUCUGAUCAACCUAUAUACCGCCCAGUUGUUUUUUAUGAUUAAAUUUGAAGGCAACAAUUUAAUAGAGAGACGUCGAGGAUGAAGGUAGUCAGUUUUGGGGGGUGUAGUUAUUUCUUUCAGGCAAAUCGCGUUGGAGUACACACUUGGCUGGUUCGUGACAUAUUUAUUUACAAAGGGUGGUGUGCAUUUCAAUUAAUUUUCUUUCUUUAGGUUUGCUAGAAAGUAAAUGUGUCUGACGUUGAUAAACUGGGGGCCUAGUGCAUAUCCAUGAGGCUCCUCAGGUGUGACAGCUGUGCUGUACCGGUGUUUCUUGGGGACUAUCUCUGUGCUGCAUAUGCAUGGGCAUAUUUAAAAACACAUGCUCUGGUGAGUAAGUUCAAGUGUUCCUCUCAUGAAGCUGGAGCCCAGUGCAGACUGAAGAGCCAUAGUCAUAGUCCAUAUUUGCCAGCUGUGAUAAUCCUUCUCAUCCUCUGUUGGUCUCAGGAUGAAUGCACUUUGGAACCAAAAGCUUCUCCUAAAGGCUCUCAGUGUUGCAGAUGUGGAGCUGUUGACUCAGAGGACAUUAUAAGAUCAACAUAUGAACGUAAAAUCCCAAAUAUGUUGGACUUCUCCGUAUCUUCCUUCCCUUUUUCCCUGCCCUCCUUGUUUUAGAACUUGAGUGUUUUUGUGUAGCUUUAUGCUGCGUUUAGUCGUCAGCUAAUGAAAAGGUAAAUUGACGCAGUUAAAAAUGUAAUGUUGAUGCUGAUGUGAUUGCGAAACGGACUAAAUGAGGUGGAGUGAUAAUUGAGUGAUAUUUGGCCCAUCUUUCUGAAGUUAUUUUUCUCUGACUAAAUCUAUUUCAGCCCUUAUGACAGUGUUUCUGUACAGAAUAAAAGGAGGGGCAACGCUAUGCUUAAACUCAGAGGGAAAAAAGUGUGGUAGCUCUUUAGGGCAACUGUGUGUUUUAUGUAGGGGACAUAGACUAUGAGUGUGUGUGUGUGUCUGUGUUUUGUCUUAGUGUAUUCAGGUGACAUUUGUGAAGAAAUGUUUUGGACAGGUUAUCAGCAGUACGUUUAUUUGUUCUCCGCAGGUUUGUGAAUUCUGGAGGAGCUCGUCUGUAUUCUACAGAGCAGUCUUAUAUCUCAUUCAAGUAGAAAACAGGAACAGAAACCUUUGGUUCUCAGGGUAAAACUAGUUCUCAAAAGGUCUAGGGGAGCAGAAAUGAACAGAAGCUCAGGCUGCUGGCUAUCUCACAUGAAUAUUUGGAGUCUCUGAGUCUGUUUUUCUCCCUCAUGGUGUAAGAAGCUGCCAGAAGAAAUGGCAGCGAAACAGGUCGACUCAGAUACAAGUUGGUCUUCGAUCAGCUGACCAUCUUAACUCUGCGUUUAUAUCUCCCACGGCUGGCAUUGCCGCAGAGCAAACCAAAGCACAUCUGUAUGCAAAGGCUAGUUAAUGUGCCUGACUCCUGUGUGUCCUGCAGGUUUGAUUUCAUAAAGGGGUUUGGCAGCAGUUGUAUCACUUUACUGCCUCAGAUGUCCAGUGCACUACGGUAAUGCAGUGGGACAGAUACAUGGACAGAGUAACUGUGUUUGCUGUAUUUACUCACCAACACAUUCCUUUGUUUUUCCAUCCGUUGUCUGACGUCUGCUCGACUGUGAUGAUGAUUAAGUGAAUGUAGAAUGUAAGACCAGGACGACUGGAGCUUUGAUUCAGAGACAGAACAGGUCGGGGACCAAUCACUCCUAUUUUAACCAUUUUACAGUCAUGUCGGGACGACACUCUGUGUGGCUUUUUUCUGUAUGAAGAUGAAUUUUUACAUUUUUAAGUGCUUUGUUAUUUUAGUGAACAACUGAGAUGUGGCUAGGACUGACAGUCACACCAGAUUACCAGCAGGUCUGAGCGAAAUAGAGGUGUGACGCCGUGUAGUGGUGGUUGUUCAGAGUGUGUCAAUCACUCAAAGGUCAAAUAUUGUUCAAACGUGCUAUCAAGAUGCCAAGCUUUGCUUUUACUUGAUGCUUCAAUAUUCUGAGGCCAUUUAGGUAGUGCCGUAUGUGUCUGGUACACAAAAGGUCACAAGUGAAAGUACUCCAUACCAAACGGAACCCUGCUAUCAGGACUAGCUUUUACUUCCUGUAAAAUCGGCUGAUUUCAUUUGUGUUGCGAUGAGUUUUAAGUUUUAAAAGAACAGAACACGUCAGUCGCCACGCACAAAGUCACACUCAACGGCAAACAGAGAUCUGUAUUAGUAUUAUACUGUACUGUUUAGAAAGACAGACUGGCAGCCAGCAGAGUCUCACAUCUGUUUUGAUCUUUUGCAAAAUGCCAGAUUUAAAGAGCCCCCAGUUGAGUCACAUGACUUUUCUGGGUUGCCUUUUUUUUUACUCGGUAACUGCAUUCAUAGAUAUAUCUGUGACUAGCCUGUGGCUUCGGCAGGUCCACUAAUGUGAUCCCGUUGACUCCUAAACGCCUGCUAAAACAGUAUUUUGGUCGAAGGACUAAAUAUACAGGGAUUUGGUUGCAUUUCAAUAACAAUGGCUAAACUUUGACGUUGCUUCUACCCAAAUGCAGAGUCACACUGUCAUGAAUGACUGUGUGUGUGUUUUUCUGAUACCAAAGCAGUCUAAACACAGGUGUGUGUCUGUGUCUGUGUCCACAGUGUUGCUAAGCAUUUUGUGUAUGCACGUACAUGGGUGCUUAGCUCUUAGCUCUUAGCCAGCCUAAACAAGAUCCUGCCUCAGUUUAGCAUCCAUUCAUUGCAUGCUUAGUCAAUCUUAAAUUUCAACUCCAGUAGAUGCAUUUCUUUCUUUACCAGGAGUUCACCUCCAUUAUUUUGCCUCUACACUUUCUGUUGUAUUUAUCGGCUUUUACAUGGGUGUCUUGUGGUGGGUCGUUUUGAAUUUGUCUUUAAUUAAAAGAGGAACUCCGAAGAAAACCGCAAACGCAAUGAAAGAACCGCGCGCUUUCGUGGAGCCUGCUCUUUCGGCAUGUAUUGCUCACAGCCACCAGCAGAUGUCUGUGGACACAGAUUUCGAGAGUACAACCCAGAAGUUAAAGCCACACAUUAACACACGUCAUCAGUCUCUGAGCACUUUCAUUUCCCCAUCAUCGUUCAGGCUUAAUGUCAAUGCCCGAGCUUGAGAUAUUGUCUUGUAGGAUGUUGGCGAUCUUUCAGAAUAUAAUGUUCAAACUGUUGUGUCGGGAAGAUGUGGUAAUGUGGUCAUGGGCCUAAACCCUUCUGGCAAAGAUUCAGGGAAGGGAUAAAUGC